AGCGUUUCUUGCAAAUGGCGGCCAUCUUCCGAGAGUGACUAGGAAUUUGGAUUAAUUUCCACAAAUAUACCAUCAUUCCAUCAAUAUUUUAGAAGUUAUACCUCUCACAUUGAUAGAGUGUGACAAAAAAGCAAGAUGCCGACUGUGAAAGGAGAUGCGAUGCGUGGCCUUGCGGUCUUCAUAUCAGAUAUUAGAAAUUGUAAAAGUAAAGAGGCUGAAAUAAAAAGAAUAAACAAAGAACUGGCAAAUAUAAGAUCUAAAUUUAAAGGUGAUAAAACUUUAGAUGGCUACCAGAAGAAGAAAUAUGUUUGUAAACUUCUGUUCAUCUUCCUUCUGGGCCACGACAUUGACUUUGGUCACAUGGAGGCAGUUAAUCUCCUCAGUUCGAAUAAAUACACAGAAAAACAAAUUGGUUAUUUGUUUAUAUCUGUGCUGGUCAGUGCGAGCAGUGAGCUGAUGAAGCUCGUAAUCCAGUCAAUAAAGAAUGACCUUUCCAGCCGGAAUCCAACCCACAUAUGCCUUGCCCUGCAAUGUGUAGCCAACAUUGGAAGUCGGGAAAUGGCCGAGGCUCUCAUGGGGGAUAUUCCAAAGUUACUUGUGUCUGGGGACACCAUCGACAGCGUAAAACAGAGCGCAGCUCUCUGUCUUCUCCGGCUACAACGUACAUCACCAGACCUGGUCCAGAUGGGCGAAUGGACGUCACGUGUCAUCCACUUACUAAACGACCAGCACAUGGGCGUGGUCACAGCCGCGGUCAGUCUUAUAGAAGCCCUUGUGAAGAAAAAUCCUGAUGAAUAUAAAGGCUGCGUCUCUUUAGCUGUGUCAAGGUUGAGUCGAAUCGUCACAUCAUCAUACACUGACCUUCAAGACUACACUUACUACUUUGUACCAGCACCGUGGCUGUCAGUCAAGCUGAUACGAUUAUUGCAAUACUACCCACCUCCAGAGGACCCUGCCGUUAAAACGCGACUAACAGAAUGUCUAGAAACUAUUUUGAACAAAGCCCAAGAGCCGCCGAAAUCGAAGAAGGUGCAGCACUCUAACGCCAAAAACGCUGUACUAUUUGAAGCCAUAAAUCUAAUCAUCCACAUGGACAGUGAUCCUAACCUUCUAGUCAGGGCAUGUAAUCAGCUCGGGCAGUUCUUACAACAUAGAGAAACUAACCUCAGAUACCUUGCCUUAGAAAGCAUGUGUUUGUUGGCCACAUCAGAGUUUUCCCACGAAGCCGUGAAGAAACACCAGGAAACAGUCAUCAAUGCAUUAAAAACUGAACGGGACGUGAGCGUGCGACAAAGAGCGGUCGAUUUACUCUACGCCAUGUGCGACAGAUCUAACGCCGAAGAAAUCGUUUCUGAAAUGUUAUCAUAUCUGGAAACGGCUGAUUAUUCAAUAAGAGAAGAAAUGGUGUUGAAAGUGGCCAUCUUAGCGGAGAAAUAUGCAGUCGAUUACACAUGGUACGUGGAUGUCAUCUUGAACCUGAUCAGAAUAGCGGGAGAUUACGUGAGCGAAGAAGUCUGGUACCGAGUCAUACAGAUUGUUAUCAACCGAGAUGAUGUUCAGGGCUAUGCAGCAAAGACAGUAUUUGAGGCAUUACAAGCUCCUGCUUGCCAUGAAAAUAUGGUGAAGGUUGGUGGAUACAUUCUUGGUGAAUUUGGAAACUUGAUAGCCGGAGACCCUAGAUCAAGUCCCUCAGUGCAGUUCCAGUUGUUACACAGCAAGUUCCACCUGUGCAGUGGCGCCACCAAAGGCCUCAUCCUCUCGACGUAUGUGAAAUUCAUCAACCUCUUCCCGGAGAUCAAGAACCAGAUACAGGAUAUUCUCGGCCAUGACAACCAGCUGAGAAACUCCGACGUGGAGCUACAGCAGCGAUCGAUCGAGUAUCUGCGAUUAACAUCUAUCACCACUGCUGAUGUUUUGGCGACUGUCUUGGAAGAAAUGCCUCCGUUCCCAGAGCGAGAGUCGUCAAUUUUAGCCAAACUGAAGAAGAAAAAGCCUUCGAGUGUGAAGGAGGGUGGUGAGGGGCGCCCACAUCCCCAUCCUCGCGCUGAGAUGAAUAACGCAGAGUCUGGUGCACCGGCUCCACCAGUGACUGCUGUGCCUCCCUUGCAGAUGUCAAGCCCCAGCACCCCUGGUUCAGCUACGCAGUCUGCAGACCUUCUAGGUCUUGGUAUGCCUGUGACAAAUCAAGCCAACACUGCCCCACCACAGAACAAUGCUGCUCUCUUGGUGGAUAUCCUUGGGAAUGCUGGGGAAACACCCAAAAAUGGAAUGCCGAAUGAUACUGGUGGACUUGGCAAUUCGUUCAACAUUGAUGACGAUUCAUUUACCAGAUUUAUUUCCAAAAAUAACGGUGUUUUGUUUGAGAAUGACCUCAUCCAGGUUGGUCUCAAGUCGGAAUAUCGGCAAAAUCUUGGAAGGUUUGGAAUGUACUACGGAAAUAAGACAAGUUUCCCAUUACAAGAAUUCAGCACGGACUUCACUUAUCCUGGCGACUCUAACACUGAGUUGAAUGUCCAGUUGAAGCCAGUCCCUACACUAGUAGAAGGAGGUGCCCAGUGUCAACAGUUGAUCAACAUCGAGUGUAUAAAGGAAUUCAAGGAUGCACCCAUACUCAAUGUACACUUUAGAUACAGUGGUACUCCUCAGAAUAUCUCCAUUAAGCUGCCAGUGAUGGUCAACAAGUUCCUCGGACCUGCAGAGAUGAAGAAGGAAGAUUUCUUUUUACGGUGGAAACAGCUUAACCUGCCUGAACAGGAAGCUCAGAGUAUUUUCAAGGCCAAGUUUACCAUGGACCAAGAGCAAAUAAAUGCUAAGUUGAUAGCCUAUGGCAUGACUUUGCUCGAGGGAAUUGAUCCCAACCCUGAGAAUUACGUAGCAGCGGGUAUAUUACAUACACGAGAUCAACAAAUAGGAUGUCUUCUCCGGUUAGAACCUAAUAAACAGACACAGUUGUUCCGCCUGACUCUACACUCAACUAAACAACUUGUUAGUACACAACUGUGUGAAUUGCUCGAGACUCAGCUGUAACACAGGAGUAGGUCAUAAGACAAGGACUUGCAAUCUCGUCACAUAUUUCAUGGAUGGACAGAAAAUACCGCGUUACUUUGAUGCAACUAUUAAUCACUGUUUAUGUAACCGUAAUGAUUGAUGGAUUUGACCUGAGAGAUACAUGUAACCAAGAAUGGAUUUUAGCGAAAUUCAGAUCACUAUUGUUUGUGGAAAUGUAACCAUGGUAGCUGAGGUAACCGUGCUAAUGUAACCAUGGUAACUGGUAGGUGUAACCAUGGUAGCUGAGGUAACCGUGCUAAUGUAACCAUGGUAACUGGUAGAUGUAACCAUGGUAGCUGAGGUAACCGUGCUAAUGUACCCAUGGUAACUGGUAGAUGUAACCAUGGUAACCAGAAGUGAAUAUAGUGACAGGAUAAUUCAGCUUUGUAUAAGAGAUAUACCCAUUAUAUAACCACAAAUGAAUUAAUGCUGUCGAAAUACUGGUCUAGCCACGAUCAACUUGACUUGACCGUCUCCGUUUUCAGCGGUGUUGUCGAGUGGUUUUAAAUUCCAGUUGAAGUCCUUCAGUCAUCUGCUGGAGAAGCUGUGGCAACUUGAUUCAGUCAUUUUCAACUGUUCAUGUGCUUCUCAACUUGACCUUGACCUGUGGGUUUGAAUUUGCGUUGAAGUUGUAAACGUUUGCAGACAUCCAGGUCAUGAGUGGAGACUGACUACAGUAGUAUUUGAAACCGGUUGUUUGGGUGGUUACAAAAUACUUCAAACCUUUCAACAGAAUGUGUUAAUAGAUGACAAUAUAAACGCAUAUCAUUAUUUUGACCACGCAUCAUGAUGAACAAACACUUUGGUUGACAUAUACAGUUAAGAAAUGCCAUCAUAGGAGAUCACAAUUUGAUCACCUGUUUUGCGAAAGUGAACAAGUGCAACCACCAGUCAAACCACCUCCACUGUUUUGACGUGCAUUGUACUGUUUUUUGUCACUACGUGUAUUUGUGAAUCAAAGUGGACAUUUGUAUUUGUAUUUCUAGCUACUGCAAGCAUUAUGUACAGGGGCAGUGUAAUCAUAGAGGUUAUUAUAUGUCUAGAGAUCUUUGAAUGUAUGCAAAAACUUAGUUUUGUAUCUAGUAGAUAUAAUGAUCAAUCUUGUGUAUGUUUUGUAAAUGAAGUUGGACAGGUUACAGAAAGAUUGUUUGAUUCACUGAAUGAACUUCAUCAGUUGGUUGAGACGUGUUAUUACCUUGGGUCAGAGAAUGUGUCGUAAAAAAUGUGAAAUUUUGGGAUGUAGGAAUACGAGAGACACAAGUUCCUUUAAGAAUCCAUGCCAAUUAGUUCAGUCUCUUCCAUAUCCUUCAGAAGAACAGUUUGAUAAUCAAAGGGCAUGUCCAAAUUGUUUGGCCAUUGUGAUUGCCAAGAUCAUGUGCUAGCUUUGUACAAUUUAAGGUGCAGUUGGAAAUAAAUUGAAAAUACGAUAUUUCAUGGCGUAUUUGAGCAGUUUCAGACGGAAUAGUUUUCACCAACGUUUGGAAUCGAGCCCAGUUCAUAAUUCAUUGUGGUUCCUGUUUCAUUAUCAGGAUCUUGUUAUAAUGGCAGGUGGGAUGAUUGGAGAGGUCAAGGUCAUUUCAAAAUGACUUCGUGAAAAGCUGAGGUGAGAUUUUACCAAGGUUGUUAGAAGGUUGAGACCAGAGACUUAAAAUCUUCUCCUUUAAUAUAGGUCAAUCACCAGGAUAUGAGUUGGUUAGCAAUAACCAAGUUCCUAUAUUUGUAUAGUAAUACAUAGUGAAUGUAAAAUGUAAAGAUAGACAAAAUAGAUUAAAAUAGCUUUAUUCGAGCAAUGUGUAAAUGUAAACUGUAUAGUGAUAUAAUUCACCUUGGCAGUAGUUUUCACGAGAAAUGAACCUAACUGUGUACCUGCUGUAUAGUGAUUUUGGUCUUGAAGUAUAAGAUGUGACAUGUUCUGUACACUGUUAUUUAGUCCCUGCGGUCAAUAUUUAGUACAGCGUUCGCAAACAAUUAUCAGAUUUACCUUUCAAAUUUCCUCAAUUUGGUUACUUUGAUAAAUUCCAUUGAAAAUGUUCAAUUAAAUGAUUAUAUUGAUUAGUUAUAAUUGUAUGGUUAUCUAGUGUCGAUGAGAUAUGGAUUUCAAUAUGAAAUGUUAGUAAUUUUGUUUUUUAUUGACACAAAUUGAACAGGGGUGUGUUGGAUAUACAAUAUACACUAGUGUUUUAUUCAGAGUCACGGAAGUCACAAUAAUUUUCUCAUGAGAUUUGUCGCUAUACUGGUCUGGGUUGUUCAAAUCCAUGAUAACUUUAACGGAGUCUGAGCAUGAAAAAUUUUAAUGGGAUACUGAGAUAAUGUCUUUAAGGAUACUUAAUGAAGCCGUCAUGGAUAAUGUGAAUUAUGUGCUUUUGAACAACCCUGCCUUAUAUUAUCUUUGUGUUCGACUCUGCCGUUCCCCUGUCAAGGUGUUGCCAAACUAUGUGGCAAAAUAUUUUUACAACGAUUUUGAUUUUGUUCUGUAUUCAAAUAUGCUUUAUAUGCUUUGCUUGAUAACCUAAUUAAUACAGUAUCCAUUCCUGUCUUGUGUCAAGAAAAGUGAUUGAAAUAAUUAUCAGUAAAUAAUUGCAUGAAAAGUAAAGAUUGUCAUUAAGUUCAUUUGGUUAUUUGCAUGCCUGAUGGCGACCACCCUAGAUAUUGUCAUCGAAGUAAGUCGCCUCGGAACACCCCAUCCGAGGCCUCCUCUCCUAAACAAAGUACAUUUCACCACAAUCCCUCGGCGUAUGAGAUGUGGCCCUGGACAAUGGUCAGUGAACUUUGGUCAGUGAACUAUUUUGGUUUAUAACUUGUUUAUAUAGUUAAUGUCAAGUGGAAUAUAAAGUGUGUCUUGAUUUGUUGAACAUUCCUGACAUUGGUUUCAAAUUUACCAGAUUCCUGUAAUGAUCAUGUUAGGGAUGUGCAAAUUUGAUAUUUGGAAUGUGUACAUAUGAAUUGGCUGUGCAAGUAGAUGUAGUUAAUGCAGCAGUCAAUUUGACCCGAUUACCCCCCUUCUUAGGCAAUGGUCACUUUUCCCCUUAACACUUAUUCACACUGACCGUGAGUAUGUCCCGGUUUACAGUUAUUCGACACCAAUUUAGUGGUGACCCCCCUAAGAAGGGGUGUGCUCGGGUCACAUUGACUGCAGCAUGAGUUUAACUAAAACUUGAUCGUUCCCCAUAUUUUGGAUACUUGUGACAGUAGCACCUUCUUUGAGAUGUCGUACGAGUAUCAUCAUGGACUAACAGCCCAUAUCAGUUAUUGUUCGAUAGUUUGUGCCACCUCUAGGCACAACGUUUCCAUCAGGUCCUCAUUUUCUAGAAGGGCUGUCCUUCUCACUGUUGACAAAUUAUGCAUUGGUGUUCUGUAGAUAUUUCUCUGAACCGCAUGGGAAUUCUUGUGUCUGGUUACCGGUGUAGAAGAUGGCAUUUAGUUGGUUGAUACAAGUCAAGUACACAUUGGUUCAGUACUUAAAUGUCUGUUUUGUUUUCAUAUAAGAGUGUCUCCUUGAUUUGAAACUCGCUCGUCAUCCUGUCCCACUAUUUGACCAGAUAUGCAGUAAAAAAGACAUUAGCUGAAGUAAAAAGGAAUUCUUUAAUCACACCCUUAGCCUCCCACCACCCCACCACCCCACCCCACCCCACCCCACCCCACAUGCACAGAUACUAUGAACCUCACAGGUAGACAUUAAGGAGCUGGGCGUCUGAAAUGAUGAAAAGAUAACUUACAGUUACCGACGGUCACAAACGCCAGUGUAGCAGAAAUAGCAUUUGCACAUCCUUUAGUGAAUAAAAAUUUAAGAUGCGUCAAGAGGAAUUUGGAAGUAGAGGUGAUUACAUUCGUUAGAGCCAGUAGAUGUAUUCCUGUGGGAGAUUCAUAACACACAAUAGCUUCAUAGCGUUAACUCGGUUCUAUUGUUUAUGGUGCUGGUAAUAGUGAGUGCUGGACGGAUGUGACCCCUUUGUCUAAAAUAGAACUUAUAGUAUUGGUGACCUUAUGUUAUAUUAAAUGAUCGUAUGAACAAAA